CCGUGCACAUCCUCGAAUUCCUCCACACUGCUUGCACUGCACCUCCAACAUCACGCGCAUGGCGGCCGCCCACAACGGACCAGGUGCUGUCGCUUCUUCCUAGCCAACUCCCCCACCCUCCUCAACCCUCCUCCCCUUAAACGCGUCCCCAUCCGUCCGCCCACUCCACGCGUCUCCCUCCCUCGCUCCCUCCAACGCCCUUCGCUUCUGCCGGUUCCAGUGAGAUCCGGCAGGCCUCCCCUCCUCCCUCCCCCGGUGAUGCACAAAAUCACCACCUUCACUGGCCAAGCCAGGCAUGGCUGGGAGAAGAUGACGCCCUCGAUGGGCUUCGGCAUGUCGCGGCCCCAGCACAUCCAUCAAGACAACAACUACCCCGCCGCUCCGCCGCCCACCAAGCGCUCCCUCAACGGCACAGGCAUGCCCUCCAACCCCUCCAUAGCCGGCCAUCCCAUCAACCUCUCCUUCAACGUCCCCUUCAACUCCAAUCUCGCCGGCCCCGACGCCGAUGACGUGCUGUACAGCAGCCCGAAUGCUCUGCAAAAAUGGACGCACCCGGAGGGCACAGCAGAGGAUCCGCCGAACCACGCCCUGCCCGUCCAUACGCGCAACGUGGACAUUCUGCGGAACAUGUGUCGCCAGAUUAGCGAGACCAGCGGGGAUCGCAUCCAUGCCACCGUCACCUCCGCCAAGCCUAAGCCUGUGCCGGGGAUGCAGGGUGGACCGCGUUCCGCCUUGAUCACGAAUGUCUGUAUAUCCGGGGAUGCCGACACUGUGCAGAAGCAUCGGGCGAGGAUAUUGAGUGAGACUUCGAUAACUCUGCGGUGUGAGACAAUCGACAUUGACCGCGAAAUCGUCUUUCCAAAGGGACAGGAUGGCGCGAGAGAAGACAUCCUCACCCAUAUGGACGCCAUCGCCGAGCAAACGAAAGCGGACAUCUUCCUCCUCGAAGCCAAGGCAAAACGCAAAGACUCGGACUCGAUCAGCUUCAGCAGUGCGUUGGAGAGUAGCAUGGAUCACCGACUUCGUAUCCUCGUCUACGGAGACAUGGACAACUUGGAGAACGCAAAGACCAGGCUGCUGAUCAUGAUCGAUCAAUUGCUGCACCGUCAGGUCGACUCGAUCCGCCUCGAACAUCCCCUGCACGCUCUCGUCUCUGGCCGCCAUCGCCGCAAUAUCAAGCAGAUCGAAUCUCAGACUGGCACUGCCAUAUACUUCCCGCCCAUGUUCCCUAGCUUGUUCGGCAACGCCCCCGUCGGAGCGAUUCCGGUCCGUGGGAGAGACGAAAUUCUUAUCACGGGCGACAGUAUGGACAGCAUUCUGCAGGCGAAGAAGCGGAUGCACGAUCUCGUAUUGGCUACCAAGACAUUCGUCAAGGACGUUGCAAUCACCACCAGCAAGGUCGACUGUCUUUUGCUCGAGCGCCUGGAUAAGAUACGGAAGAUUGUCGAGGCGAACGGGUCGAACGUCGUGCUGCCUACCAUUGGCGCCAACGUGGGUUUACUCCGAGUGCAGGCCACGGACAUCCUCAACAUUGAGCGAACGACGCGUGAGAUCAUGUCGUUGACUGGCCAGUUCUACAGUGCUUCUUGGUGGUUGACUGAAGGCGAGAGUGGACAGCGACAGCCAACAGCGUCGGACAUUCGCGCCAUGCUUCCGGACAUCUGCAUCAACUCGGGCUGCGAGAUUACCUUUGAAAAGCUCAACUUCCACAUCAAUGGUAGCGACGAUUCCGUCAAGGCCGCCAUGUCCAUCAUCAACACUCUUCCCUUUGUGAAGAAGGCACGCUCGACGCUUCGCGUGAAGGUCGAACUUGCCAACGAGCACAAGGAGUUUGUGAGCGGGAAGAAGAAUGGCAAAAUCAACAAGAUCAUGAGCCAGAGCAAUGUGCAGAUUGUCUUUGACGGCUUCAACGAGUACAACUUCUACAUCGACGUUCGUGGGCCGCAGUACGAGGCCACGAAGAAUGGGUUGGAUCUGGUGGAGCUUGAAAUGCCGGCGUCCGUCUCAUUCCACGUUCCCGAUCAGUACCACAAACGCAUCAUUGGCAUCGGCGGUCAGCACAUCCAGCGCAUCAUGAAGAAGUACUCCGUCUUCGUCAAGUUCUCCAACGCCAUGGACCGCGGCGGCAUGGGCAAGGAAGACGACGAUGUCAAGGUGGACAAUGUCAUUUGCCGCACGCCCGCCCGCAACGCCGACAACCUCGAGCUUGUCAAGCAAGAGAUUAUGGAUCUGGUGGAGAAGUGCGACAAGGACUUUGUCUCCGAGCAGGUGCCCGUCGACCGACUUUAUCACCGUGAGCUGAUUGCUCGUAUGCCAGAGAUUGAGGAGUUGGAGAGGAAACACAACUGCAAAGUCACCUUUCCCGGCACGGAACAGGCGAGUGAUAUUGUCACUGUGUCUGGGCCGGAGUACCAGGUGCCAUUUGCUGUUGACGAAUUCUUGGGCAUGGUCCCCGAAACCCACGAAAUCGAGUUCCCGACUUCCGACACUCUAUCAGCCUAUCUCCGGUCGAUGGAAUUCCGCGAUGUUGCGCAGAAACUGAAAGAUCAAUACGUCGUUGAAGUGGUACUGCACGAGCCCAAAGUCGAGAAGCAGGGCGAGCAGGAAGUUCUCUACGAAAGACUCGUCUUGAACUACACCCGCAACAAUGCCGGGGGCUUGAAGGACGCACUUGACUUCCUGCUCAUGCCCUUCAUCAGCCGCGGACUCGACCAAAGUGCCGUCAAGGGCUCCAUCCCGCGACCCAAGUCCGACUCUUUCGAAGACAGCAUGCCCUACUUCGAGUCCAAGCUGCUUCAUCGCGCGGAACCACCCAUGAGCACCGAAUCCCCGACCCAUGCCAACUUCACCGAUGACAACAGCAACCGUUCCAUCUUCGACAAGCUCCGCAAACCCGGCAGCAUGUCAUCCUUCAGCUCCUUUAUCGAACGCCGCCGCAAGAACGGCACCAACUCGCCCGCCUCCCUCUUCAUGCACGCCUCCAACAACGCCUCCAAGGCCUCCCUGGUCAGCAUGGAGUCGCGCGACUCCGGCUAUCGCAACCCCUGGAACGACUCCGGCAUCGACCUCGAACACGACACCGCCAACAACACCCUUCACGCCCACACCGCCACGGCCAACGCGAACAACGGCUGGGGCUCCCUCGGCGGCUCCUCCUCCUCCGCCGCCGCCAGCCGGCCCAACACCUCCUCCAACUCCCUUUCCGGCGCCUUUGAAUCGAAAUUCCCCUUCGGCAUCAACGGCAAUGCGUCCACGAGUUCUCUUACCACCCCUAUGAUACCCGGUCUCGGAAUGGUGAAUGGCACUACCACCAGCGGCAACAAUAACACUAGCGGUAGCACUGCAGCGGCGGCAGCAUCCGCGGGCGACACCACGCCUAAGCUCGAUGUUCAGCGCUUCGGUGGUAGUUCUUCCGCUGCUGCUUCGCGUCCCGCAUCUGCUGCCACUUCUGCUGGUGCUGCUGCUGGUGCCAACCCUGCCACCACCUCCACCGCGACUACUCCUGCUUCCGGUACUACUGCGAAUGCUACUUCAGGAUACCCAGCCUCUUAGCCGAGGCCGUCUGUUACGUUUUUUCCCUUGAUCAACAAAAAACAUGCAUCUGGUUGUUAGUGCUUUUGGUUUUGUCUCUUUGCUUUUUUGGGUGCUUUGUUCUCGGGGUCUGCGGCGAAAGAAAAGAAAAAUACCCCGUUUUGCGCGAGUUGCUACCUAUGGGUGAAGAAUGAUGAUGAGUUUGGGGGGGGAGGGCAAUGCUGCAUUUUGGUGCGGAGAAGGGCGGAUG